AUGUCCAGCCCGCCCUUUACUGUUCGGGCGGUCUUCGAGUAUGCUUCGGGCCAUGAUGACGACCUCCCAUUUCCGAUCGGUCAGAUCGUGACCGUCACCGCUCAGGAGGACGACGAUUGGUACUAUGGUGAAUACUCAGACGCCUCGGGCGCUAAACAGGAGGGCAUUUUCCCGAAAAACUUCGUCGAAAAGUAUGAACCUCCGGCUCCUCCGCGCCCAUCCCGCCCCAGGCCGAAGAAGGAGCCCGAGCCUGCGCCAGUCCAGUCACCUGUGAUCGAAAGCAAGCAGCCCGAACCCGAGCCCGAGGCAGAGGCACAACCCGCAGAAGAUGAGGAGGACAUUGCACCCCCACAUCCGCCUGCGCCCCAAUCGCCUCCCCUGUCUGCAAAUACCUCCGUCGCAGAAGUUGCAUCGUCGCCCCCGCAGCCGGCAAAGGCGCCCGCUCCCGCUCCUCCGGUAGCCCCGGUUGAACCCCCCGCCAAGGCAACAUCCACCAAACCUGCUCCUCCAGCUGUCGCGGAGAAGCCUUCGGGGUCGUCGUUCAGAGAUCGCAUCGCUGCCUUUAACAAGCCUGCCGCCGCACCAAUUACGCCAUUCAAGCCUGGUGGUUCUCAGCCAUCUUUCAUCAAGAAGCCUUUCGUCGCGCCACCUCCCAGCCGCGAUGCCUAUAAGCCUCCACCCAGGGAACCUGCGCCUCAGGUCUAUAAGAGAGAGGAGAAUCCGGAUGUCAAGGAGCAGGUUGCACGCGAGCCUCCGCUCUCCGAGACCCGCCCUCCUGUUGUCCCCACGGAAGGUGGUGAAGAAGGUGCAGAGGACCAGCCUAAACCGACCAGUUUGAAAGAUCGAAUCGCCUUACUUCAGAAGCAACAACUAGAGCAAGCUCAGCGUCAUGCUGACGCAGCUCAAAAGAAGGAGAAGCCCGCUCGUCCUCCCAAGAAGUCCUCAGAGGAACCGGUAGCCCCCACAGUUCCUGUGGCUCCUGCAGUCUUCGAAGAUGAGCCAGGAUCUCCUCUUGUUGAAGGAGCUCCGGCUGCCCGGGAUCCCAGUGUUGAUACCGUGAGAGCCCAGGCUCCCACCGCACCACCCCCUGUUCCUGUUCCCUUCUCGCCAACCGAGGAAAUUGCUAGUGACACCAAUGACGCCGAUGCCUCCGCUGCUGCCGACUCUGAGGAUGCCGGAGAGAUCUCUACGGGCAAGGAUGAUGAUGAGGAGCAGCCUCGUCCAGUUUCCAAGCGUCAACCAUCGACCCGAGCAGUCGAGCAGACUCCUACCGAGGAGGCCGACGUGGAAGAAGAAGGGGAGGCAGAGGAAGAGGAAGAAGAGGAAAUGGACCCUGAGACCAAACGCAGAAUGGAACUGCGCGCACGAAUGGCCAAGAUGAGUGGUGGUAUGGGUAUGAUGGGUCUCUUUGGACCACCUGGUGGCGGUAUGCCGAUGCCAGGAAUGGCUGCCCCUAGUGCUGGUGCUCGCAAGCCUAAGACCCCUGGCGAGUCUGAUAAGAGAAUUGGCGAGACUGAGCCUGAACCCACCUCGCCCGCUGCUGCACCUCCGGUUCCUAUGGUUCCCCUUCCUGGAAUGAACCUGAACACCAAGCCCGUCCCCCCUCCUACUGAUGUUGAGAAGGAGGAAGAAGAGAGACUGGCUACCCCCAUCACUGAACAACAUUCUGCCCGCGAGGUGCCAGACGUUGAAGAGGUCGUCCACGAAGGCGCAGUCCCUCGUGGUUCUGUUGACAGACCUCGUGGUUCUAUUGACCGGCCUCCCCCGGCUCCUCCAUCUCAAGAACGCUCCGCUCCUCCUCCGCCUCCCCGGGAAUCAAGACCUGUUCCACCUGUACCAGCUGAACAACCCGGUCCUCCUCCGGCCGUUCCUGGAGCCCGGCCUGUCCCUGUUCCUCCCAGACCCUCUACCGCUGAUCAGGGCGAAGAGUCUGAUGAUGAACUGUCUACUCAUGCAAGCAACCUAUCACUGAAUACUACAGUCCAGCCCGGUGCACCAGUAGUGCCUGCUCCUGCGGUCCCUGAUCAGUUCGAUUCUCGUCGUUCUUCGACCUAUGACUCUGCUUCCUCUCCAGCCAUGACCCCAGCCGCUGAAAAGAGAGCCAGUCGUCCACCACCUCCUAUCCCUACUAAUCCACCCAUUCCACCAUCGCAGGGACGCGCCCCGCCUCCACCUCCUCCCGGUCAAGUGCGUCGCCGAUCUACUGCAGACAGUCGCACCAGUGCGAUGUCUGGCCCCCGACAGGCCGGGGAAGAGGCGGAGGGAGAGGUGACCGAAUACGAUGGGGACUAUGACACUGAUAUUGCCUCGGGAGUCAAGCACAAGGAUGCCCUGAAAUCUCACGAGCGUGACUCCAGCUUUGACGAGGGUACUAUUACCGAUGAUGUCUCUAUUCAUUCCCCACGCAGCCCCCAGGAAGUUCGGCAACCCCCGCCUCUUCCUCCAACGGCUCCUAGAGGCGUCCCUCCUCCACCCCCAAACCAGCCGCCCCGUAAUGCUCGUGCGUCUAUUGACACACCCAGAGGACCCCCUCCUCCCCCACCAAACAGAGAGCCGGCUGGUGGUGAUGACGAUGAAUACGACCCUUUCAACUACGCCGCUCCUCAGCACGGCCUGCCCAGAUCUCCCGGCAUUCAGCAAGGACGCCCUGAGGCGCCACCUCCCCCGCCGCCGCAGCAAGCGAAUGAUGACUAUGAUGAUCUGUAUGACGCCCCUCCAGAUGUGCAGAGCCCAACACAUGAAAGUCCCACUUCUUCACACCAGAAGCGGCCCUCUUUGGUACCUCCGCUUCCCCAAGGCGGGGCUCCAGGCAUGCCCUCUCCCUCUGCAGCCCGAAGCCAGCGCGCAUCAAUGGAUCUGUUGAGAAACCAGCCUAACCUUCGUCGUUCCAUGGAUGUUUCUCGCCCAUCGGUUGACCUUGGCUACAUUGCUGCCGAUGUUGACCUCUCUGAGAGUACACUCUGGUGGGCCCAGCCCAAUACUCCGCCUCCAAUUUUCCAAAACCGCAAGGAUCUACUUUUCGAGAUUGAGGAGUCUGCGUCUACGAAGCGCGGCGGAAAGACAUCGGUCUCUAAGGAUGUUUAUAUUCUAUUCAUCGAUUACUCUCAGACGAUCGUGACAGUCCAAUUCGAUGCCAAGAACCCUGCGGAUGCUUCCCUUGAACAACGUCACGAGUCCCCACCUCUCCAGCCCCGUCAGGAUCAGCUAGAGCAGGCUCAUAUCCAACUUGGAACCAAGAUUUCCGAGGCCGUUAACUCGAUUCAAAACUCCACCGUUGGAGAUGGCACUCCAUUCGGACUGGUGCAGUACUUGCUCAACCCUCUAUCCAACGCUCUUCUCCCCGUCGGUACUCGAGGAUACGGUGCGUCGGUCUACUCAAACCUGGCCAAUGCUUCCGUGUCCCAGAAUGAUGAAAUCCGCGCUGGUGACAUCGUCAGCUUCCGCAAUGCCCGCUUCCAAGGCCACCGCGGCACAAUGCACCAGAAGUACAGCGCCGAGGUUGGCAAGCCCGACCAUGUAGGUAUCGUGGUUGACUGGGACGGCACAAAGAAGAAAAUCCGAGCCUGGGAGCAAGGCCGCGAGAGCAAGAAGGUCAAGAUGGAAAGCUUCAAGUUGAAUGAUCUCCGCAGUGGCGAGUGCAAGGUCUGGCGUGUGAUGCCCCGUAGCUGGGUAGGCUGGGAAGCCGGCAAAUAA